UGCAUAGAAUUCUUCUGCACCCUCCCGCUCUCACUUGCGCAUGCCAGAGUGCUCGGUAGCAGGCAUGAGAUAGCCUCACAGCUUGUCGGAGGAGGCAGCUGCCCGUUCCGUAUUGGCUGAUGCAGGAGGACAACCUCUGGGUUUUAAAACUUUAUUUUUAGCCAUCGGUCCGACUGCUAUUGCAGGCGGUUCAGUGUGCGAUUGAAGAAGCUAUUUUACUGCCUUUACGACCAUCCAUCAGUGAAGCGGUAAGACCACGCAUGUUUGUAUUGAGGCUUCUGCGUAGAGUGGAGGGGGACACGUCCUUGGGACACUGAACGUUUUCUUUACACAACGAGGAUACACCUGAACUGAACUCUGGAAACAAUACCGAAAUCUACGGAAGUUUAUUAGGUUACACCAUUUCAGGAUACUUCAACAGUGCGCCAACCUACCUCGUGUAGCUUACUGCUACCCAUCAGAUCUAGUUGCAAACGAUACCCUCUGCUGCUGUGUAGGCAAUGGCGAGUCCAGGGGCAGAUCACGGCCCUAAGAAUCAAGACCACAACGAACACCCCGAACCGACCACCGAGCCUGCAUUCCAAGAAGCCCAGAAAUGGAUAGAGGCAGUGACGGGAAGAAGCUUCGGAGACAAGGACUUCCGUGGAGGUCUAGAGAACGGCAUUCUGCUGUGCGAGUUGCUGAGCUCCAUCAAACCAGGGCUUGUGAAGAAGAUCAACAGACUUCCUACUCCCAUAGCUGGACUGGAUAACCUGACUCUGUUCCUCAGAGGCUGUGAAGAGUUGGGCCUGAAAGGAUCACAGCUGUUUGACCCUGGGGAUCUUCAGGACACGUCCAUACGUGCUAACUUAACUGGCUCUGAUUGCAACAGGAAGCUUAAGAAUGUGUUGAUUACCAUAUACUGGCUUGGGAAAGCAGCCAAUGGCUGUGCGACAUACAGUGGCCCCACGCUAGACCUGAAGGAGUUUGAAGGGCUGCUGUCUCACCUGAGAAAGGAGUGUGAGGACACAGAGAGCCCUAAGCGCAGUAUCCGUGACAGCGGUUACAUUGACUGCUGGGACUCGGAGCGGAGCGAGUCUCUGUCCCCUCCGCGGCACGCUCGAGACGACUCAUUCGACAGCCUGGACUCUUACGGCUCGCGCUCACAGCAGACGCCCUCCCCAGACGUGGUCCUCCGGGGGAACAGCGACGGUCGAGGCAGUGACUCCGAGGGUGAUUCCCGGAAGCUUCCGGACAUGCGUAAGGACGACAUGCUGGCGCGGCGCACCUCCUACAACGAGCCGCGCGCGGCCGUGCCCUUCAACCAGUACCUGCCCAACAAGAGCAACCAGAGCGCCUACGUGCCCACGCCGCUGCGCAAGAAGAGGCCGGAGCGCGAGGAGGGACGCAAGAGCUGGAGCAACGCCACCACGCCGGUCGGCGCCGAGAGACCUUACAGCCACCCUGAGCCCAUCCAGGAGGAGAGCCUGGCCCCUGAGGGGGAGCUGGGCGAGGCGCAGGUGGGCAGUAAGUGUCCGGCCAGCUCCCUGAGGGAGGUGAGGGUGAGGACAGUGCCACGGGGUGCAUGGCACCCCAAGACCGUCACGUGGGCGCAGGACGGAGCAGUGGAGAAGGACGAGGACAGGCCGGAGGCAGAGGACGAGGAGGAAGAGGAUAAGAUGAGGAAGAUGAAGAGGCUGGAGAAAGCCGGCAUCAAAGUGCUGCCCGCAUCGGUGCGCUACAGCAGUCCCAGAGAUGCAGGCGGAGAGACCGAGGGGGUCAAGCCUGCCUCGCCGGACAUCAUUCUCAGGUGCGAGAACGACUUCCUGCGGAACCAGCAGCCGCACGCCUGGGACUCGGACGAGGAGGAAGAGGAGGAGGAUGCCGCGGGCGAGAGGAAGGUGCCCGACGUGCGGCGGGACGAUUUGGCCUCGCGACGAGCGCGCAUGAACCGCGGGCCUGCCCGAGGAGCCCACCACUUCCUGCCGGGCUCCUGCAGCCGGAGGGACCAGGAGAGGUGGGAGGCCCUCCGCCUCAAAUCCCAACAGGCCGUGCUGGAGAAGAUGGAGAGACUGGAGCAGGAGAAAAAGAGUGAGCCUGAGGCUGAGUCUGCUGCUGAAGAGUUCAUCAUAACCCGCACGGACAACCCCCUCCUGAGCUCUCUGAGAAGGGUCGAGCGGGACCACGAGGAGGAGGGUGAGGAGAGGGAGAACAGGGCAGUGAUCGCCAACCCACAGAUAGAUGACCUCGCCCGCCGGCGGGCUAAGAGCCGGCCGCAGGCACACAGGGACCCUCUGCUGCCCCUGCUACAGACCUCCAUGAGCCAGACCGACAUGGAGAAGUGGCAGAGGCUGAAACUCAACACAGAAGCCAGUGAGAGUGAACCGCAAUCUCCACAAUCUCCUGAGGUGGCCAUCAUAACUCGAAAAGAUAACCCCUUCCUAAGCCCCCAGAGAAAGGAGAGGGGCGAGGAAGGGGACGAGGAGGAGGAGAGGAAGAGGGGUGAGGGUGAGGAUGAAGAGGAUCACAGUGAGGUGGUGCCUAACGUGCAGAAGGAUGACCUGGCCAAGAGGCGGGCCCAGAGUGGGCCCCGCCCUCAUAGGGAGCCAGUGAACCCAUUGGUCCAGGCGUCCAUCACUCAGGCAGACAUGGAGAAGUGGCAGAGGCUAAAGAUGACCACGGAGGACAGCAGUGACUCCCCGCCAAUAUGUCAGGCCUGCAUUGAGAAAAUCUCCCAGCCUCCUGCCAUCUCCACGACAACAGCGGCCCAGGAUGACCUGGCCAGCCGCCGCACCCGUGGCACCCGUCGCUCGCCGGGCAGCCGCCAGCAGCGCUUCGUGACGUUUGGUCCAGUGACAGAGAUGGACCAGAGGUGCUGGGAGCGUCUGAGCAUCGCUCGGCCAGGGCAGGGGGGCGAGGAGGAGGAGGAGGAAGGGGGGAAGGGCGAGAGAGACGAGUCACAGACACUCCGACGCCUCCUCUCCGCCGUGCCCGUCGCCAUGCCAACCAUUGGAACGAACUCUCCGCUCCAAAAAAGGCUGGGCAGGUACAGCCCGCUGCUAGCCGGAGCGCGACUGGGAAUGGCCUCGUGUUGCCUAACCCUGCUUGACCCUGUCCUGCUAGUGCGGCCUGCUACCCAGUAUAGCGUGUGCCUGUGGCUAUUGAUGGCCACUGUGAGGGCGCGCAUUGUGGUGCUCUGUGUGGGGGUUUGUCUGGAGUGUGUCAAUAGCUCUGUUAUCCUCUGUUGUAUUUCACAUUGUCUCACUCUCUUCAUUUUACACUGUUCCUGGAUGCCUUUUAUUUGUAGCCCUGAAAUUCCCAGUGCCCCCACGUCAGCCUCGAGCACACAUGUGCAUGUGCGUGACAUCAGCCGACCUUUGACCUCGGCCGAACAUGAGGAGCUGGACGAGUUGCUGACGCAGUAUGGCCGAAGGGUCCCAGAGGAACCAGAAGAGGGACAAGAGGAAGAGGAGGAGAGACAGCCUGACGUGAGGAAGGACGACAUGUUGGCCCGCAGAACGGCCGCGCAUCAGAAGUCCAGCGUCCAGGCCCACAACCGCUUCCUCCCCAUGCCAGGCGGCUCCAAGGCCCAGCCACCGAGAGAGAGCACCCAGAACGGACACGCCCAACGCAGGGUGGUGGGCACGGCGGGGAACCGCCCCUGGACGGAGGCAGUGACGGAGUACUCAGAGUGGAACAUUAAGACUGCCAGGAACUGGAUAGGACAGAGAACAGAGACUCAGAAACAAGAGCCCAAGGUGUCUUCACCACCGGUCACCACGGAGAUGCAAAAGGACCUUUAUGCCGCCUCAUCUGUUGGCGCAGCUGCCCACAGACAGGGCAGCGUGGACAGAGCGCGUGGCGACGACUGGGACGAAGAAUAUGACGAUGACGGUCCACUGCCAGACCCGGAGAAGGACGACAUGCUCGCACGGAGGACAGGAUCAUACCAAAAGGCUGUAGGGGGGACAGGGCAACCUUUUCUCCCUGUUCCAGGCACAGCCAGGUAUAAAGGCACCCCUGCUGCUGGUUUCGGCCAGUCCCAGCUGAAGUCCAAAGAGAGAGAGAAGCCCAAGGACAGCUUAAGCGCUGUGGCCUCUCCCGCCAGAGAUGUUGCCAGGAAGUGCCCUCAGAUGACGGACAGGGAGGAGGCGGGCUCUGCAGAGGCUUUGGGACCUCUGUGGGAAGCAGCUGGGGCAGACGAGCCUAAAAGUGCCCCAACUGCCCCCGGCCCUGCACCCCAGCAGGGCAACACUGCCCCCCAAAGACGACCCUCCUGGCUGGAGGACGAUGACCUACCCCCAAUAUUCAGCCACAGAGCUGCUAGUGCAGCUGAUGAGCCAGAGAGCAUGAGCAUGUUUGACAUGCGCUGUGAGGAGGAGGCCAUCCUGCAGCCGCACAGCCAGUCGCGCCACGAGGACCUGCACAACCAGUACAACAAGGAGGACGACCAGUGGCAGGAUGACCUGGCCCGUUGGAAGAACCGGAGGCGAAGUGCAUCUCAGGACCUCAUCAAGAAGGAGAACGAGAGGAAGAUGAUGGAGAAGAUGAUGAAGGAGGAGCAAGCAUCUGCACUUCGGAGGAAGAGUAUCAAGACCUACAAGGAGAUUGUGGAAGAGAAGGAGCGUCGUGAGCAGGAGCUGCACGAGGCCUACGACAGGGCCCGCACCCCUGAGGAGAAAGCGGCCGUGCUGCAGCGCUACGCCCUGCGCUUCACCAUCAGUGACGCCAUCCUGGAGCGUCUGCAGAUCCCGCAGCCGCCCGAGAAAGAAGCCCCCCAGCUCCCCUCCACUGCCACAACCACCACGGCAACCACCACGGCAACCACCACGGCUCCCGCCUCCGACACCACCAUCACGCCCACCGCCACCGCCGCCGCUAGCCAGCCCAAGCAGCCUCAGCCACCUCCCUCUCAGCCAAAUUCACUCUCCCGCCCAGAGCGGACCCUGUCCCAGACUGAUGCAUACCGCACCCCUCCCGGCAACCACCACGGCAACCACCACGGCAACCACCACGGCAACCACCACGGCAACCACCACGGCAACCACCACGGCAACCACCACGGCAACCACCACGGCAACCACCACGGCAACCACCACGGCAACCACCACGGCAACCACCACGGCAACCACCACGGCAACCACCACGGCAACCACCACGGCAACCACCACGGCAACCACCACGCACGCCACCGCCACCACGCCGCCACCGCCACCCCACCCCAGCCGGCCACCCCACCCCAGCCACGGUCGCCCCCAGCCGCUAGCCAGCCCAAGCAGCCUCAGCCACCUCCCUCUCCAGCCAAAUUCACUCCCGGCACGAAGGCUGCCGUGGAAGACGCCCCCAAACCUAAAGUGCCCUCGCAACAGCAGACACGGACGAUGAGCCCUCCCUUUCAGCCCCAGAGCCGGACCCUGUCCCCGGAGCAGUCGCCCACCCGCACCCCUCCCGCUCUGUCCAAGCCCGUGCCUCUGUUCACGCCCAAGCCUUACAGCCAGCCAAGGCCCAACCAGAGUGGACACAAGCCAGUCAAGGCUGAUGGGCUGAUACGCAUCAAUGGAGAAAUCAACGAAGAUAAAAAGGAGAUCACCAGGCUGAGCUCUCCACCGCCUCCGCUGCCUCCUACACCCUCAGCCAAUCAGGACGCGGCUGGGACCACACAGGGAGGAGCCGCCGCGCCCCCCAUGUCUCCCCAGACGUGCACCAAACCCCCCCAGGAGGAACGUCAGCCCAGAUCCCCGCAGAGGGACACCACCAAGGGGGAGGAGGAGGAGGAGGAGGAGGAGGAGCGGGCGGCUCCCACAUCUCCUUCAUCUCAGGAGACGAGCCGAGGUGGAGAGCAGGCAUCUGCUGACGUCACCCAGUCUCCACUUAGAGUGUCCGAACAGAAGGACCUCGCUGCUGGAGGGAAGCGGAAUUGUGUUGUCAAAACGACCAUCGUGACAGAACUCACACAGACACAGGUCAUCGAUGAAGCAGAUGCAACCACUAGAACAUGGAUGAACAGCUCUGUGAGUUCUGCUCAGUCCCCUGAGGACCUGUCAGUUUCCUCCUCCGAGUACAGCAGAACUGAUUCAGCACAGACCAGCACCCUGACCUCAUCUUCCACCACAUUGCCAGAUUCAUCACACUCGUCUGGUAGCUCUAGGUUGCGCUGGGAGUUCUUCGCGACGCCAGAGGGCCUUGAGAACCCCAUGGAGUGUAUUGAGACCCCUAUCUUGAAUCUGGCUAAGAGGGUUGACCAUUGGACAUGGGAUCCCAAUGAGGAGCGCAAACGUCAAGAAAGAUGGCAACAAGAGCAGGAGCGCUUGCUGAAGGAGAAGUACCAGCGUGAGCAGGAGAAGCUGAAGCAGGAGUGGGAGAGAGCCCAGCGGGAGGUGGAGGAGGAGGAGAGGAGGCACCAUGAGGAGGAGAGACGCAUCCUUGAGGAGACUAUGACCCCGUUGACAUCUCGUUCUGGCAGCGGAGGGUUGACCAGUCCAGUGUCCUCCCCGCAACGCACGCAGGACAGCAUCGUCCUGUCACUGUCGGAGCUGGACAGGAAACUGACCCAAGACAAGCAGACAGAAAGCGGAGGACACACAAGCACUCACAAUGGAGUGGCACACACACAGAGUCCUACCCUCCAUAGCCCAGCUCUGACAGGGUCACCUACACCAGUGCAACAGAAUGGGAAGGUCCCCUCUCCUAUUGACAACAGCGAGUCAGCCACCCCACAGCUGCAGUUCAUACAGGAUGGCUCAUGGAGAAGCUCGCCCGCGGACAGGAAGCCGCAGAGUGACGAAUGGAAGAAGACUUCCUCUCUGGACCGCAACUUCAGUCCUCCACAAAACUACCCUGCCGCGAUGAGAAGGUCAGGGUCCUAUGAGAACGUUUUAGGGUCAUCCACACCAUCUCCAACAUCACCCGACACCCAACCACCCUCCCCAAGCAGAUCUGUGAGUGGAAAGAAGCUGUGUUCAAGCUGUGCUCAGCCCCUGGGGAAGGGCGCGGCCAUGAUUAUCGAGACGCUGGGACUGUACUUUCACAUACAGUGCUUCAAGUGUGGAAUGUGUAAAGGGCUUCUAGGCGACACCAGCACGGGGACAGACGUCAGGAUUCGUAAUGGCCUCCUCAAUUGCCAAGAGUGCUACAUCAAAUCACGUGCUGCUGGUCAGCCUACCACGCUGUGAGCUGCAGUGGACCUGAAUGACACCCGUAGACACACCAACACAGAACAGAACAGAACAGAGUCUCUGACAAUCUCCACUGAAGCAACCUGCAAUGAGCGGAGUAAUUUUAACACAACAUCUCAGAUUAACUGAUAUACUGAUAAGGAGGGUUUAAAGCUCCCCCACGUUACACGUUUCUCUCUUUCUUUACAUCAAGUCUACUCAGUUUUCAGAUACGAUAACAUCUCUUUAUUUUUGUACUUGUAAAAUAACUUCCCCCUCCUACACUCUGCUUGACCUACAUAACACAAUAAUAAGUGCACUGUAGGACGUCAAUAAGAUAAAUAGUCAUUUAACCUGAGUUACACAACGCUGGAUAUUUCGAUAUAAGUAGUUUUUAAAGGCUGUGGGGUCACAUGGUCGGAAAGCUAGAUUUCCUCCUGAUUGAAAUUUCUAUACAAAAAAGGCCUCCUAAGAUCACAUGCUCACUUUGCACCUUGAUAUAUUAGUAUUAUUAGUAUUUUUUUAUCCGAGGCAUAAGUGAGAGUCUGUCGGUCUGAAGCACACCUUACCGUCUUUAAAUAGUAACUAUCUCUCUGUAUACAGAAUCCUGUCAGAAAGUCUAUAGUAGCCUAUCUAUCUAUGCUUUUUAAAUAGGAUCAUGUCUGGUGUCGCUGCAGUUUAACAUGUAUGAUGCCUUAAUCAUUCACAACGUUGCUGAGCUGCCGAGCUUGGUGGCUGCAAAGUAUUUUCUUGCAUGAAUUAACCUUCUGAUUGAUUUAAGUAGAGUCUACUUUUUUUUUCUUCUGAACUGGUGUGUUUUUUUUCUUUAGAUUGUGUACAUGUUUUUUUCCCUUUUGCUAAUUGAAAUUUCAUUUGCUUGAGAUGUAAGAAAUGGAGCACACAUGACCAACGUAUGAGGCGAAAAAACAAUGUUAUCAGGCGAGAGGCAUGUAACAUGUACCCAUACUGCGCCAUUGUUGGUUGUGUGCAUGCAAAACCUUCCCAUUUCAUUUUGCUGCAUUGUUUUUGAUUGAACAGUUCUCAAGUAUUUGCGUAUUGCCCGUUGUUACUCACAGCACUGUAAAGCCGAACAGUCAAACUAACUUAAUUUAUUUGAGUAAACUAAUAACUUUAAAAUGUUUAAUUUACUACAUCAGUUUAAGGUUAAUCAAAUGUGUGAUUUGAGUACCAGUAACUCAAGUAUUUAGAUUUAAGGUGACUUCACUGUACAUAAAACUACGCAGCAUUCUGCAAACAUAUCUUGCAUUUCCCACAACUGAAUAAUGAACAGUAGCAGAUAAUAGUACAUUGACUCGCCGUCAGCAGGGGAGACGUAGAUGUGCAACACAGUGGACAAUAAAGCCUGAAACGGUGUGACAGCCAAGGCUAUGCUAAUCGAUGCUACUUGACUAACUAAUCGGGUGAACAAUGAGAGCACUGGAUCAUUCUGUAAAGAAUCAAGUUGGUCUCUUGAGAUUUUUCAAGGCACUUCCAACAAUGGUUACUACCAUACAUUUGCCAGUAUUCAACAACAUUUAACUGCAUCUAUCCACCUGCACAUGUCAAAGUUCACUAUAAAGACAAAACCCAUGUCCAUUGUGGCAUCAGUAUUUUAGUGAAGCCAAUACUGUCAAAUGCACACCCUGACAACUAUAUUUACCAAACUAUAUUUACCAAAGGAUCAUGAGAAUAAAUUCCUCAGAAUGACUUACACUCUUACACAAUUGAGUCUGAGUUAUAUUUACAUAAAUAUUUUGUUUAGGUUGACUGUGAGUGUUACUGUGACCUACCUAUGGUGGGAAUGAAGCAUACAUGUCAAAGCACAACCUGAAGACACAGUCCCUAAAUUGUAUUGAUAUUUCCGUGCAACUAGAAAAAAAACAUUUAAAAAAAACAAUUGAAAAUAAGUAAGUCAGUUUUAUGAUGUUAAUGUUAUUGCAAAAGAUCAUGAUUACGUAACACUCAAAACAGCUAAGUUGCUUAACUUUGUAUUUUUGAGUUAGAAAAAAAAUAUUCAUGAGUUAUUAUUCAUUAUUCAUUAUUUCGAGUUAGUUUGACUGCUUGGGUUUACUGUGAGUAAUGUUUUUAACUUUAUGCGAAUGCAUGGUUGAUGCAAAUCAUAUAUCCUUAUUUAAGUUUAGAAAUACAUUUUAUUCAAACAGUUCAUUAGCUUCCCCUUGUGUACCUAAUGCUCUCGCUUUCCGUUCUUACUGUACGGGGUGAUUUUGCAUCAACGUAUGUGCCUUAUUAACGAAGGUGGUUGCACAAUUUAUGAGAAGUUUGAUUCCAUAGAUUCCAUGAAAAUCCCAAAGAUCAUCUCAGUAACGUGAAAUACAACGAGAUGGUGUGGAUGCCUAACUUAAAUCCGAAUGUCAAACACGAUCGCCUAUCAGAGAGUAACAAUUCAAACCAAACCAACCGAUGGAGUACGUAGCCUACUUGGAAAUACACUCUUUCUAAGUUCCGACUAAUUAUCUCUGUUAAGGCAUGUGGUUUUCUAGGAGGACAAAUGCACAGAGCACAAUGGAUUUCUACAAUGUAAAUCUUCUAUGAAACUGUUAUUAUAGAACAUUAGCUAAUUUCACAAAACCUCAUGUCUACAUUUUCCUGCGUUUUCUGUGAAUAUUUUUUGUGAAACUUGAAACAUAUCCUUUAAGCGACCCUGCACAGAUAGACAUCUUUCUGCAAGGUUUGAAUGAUAUUAACUAUGUUACUAGUUUAUUCCCAUUUUUGGUAAUUGACUGUCCUAUCUAACCGCAAUGUAAACCGUCUGUUGCACUUCUGCAAAGCUUUGUCCCAUUUCAAUAGCGUUGCUGUCAUUGCUUUUCCCUUUUUAUGCAGUAUUGUUUCCGUUUCCGUUUUGCUUUGUUAAGCAUUUAGAUAAGGAACGAUUUAAACUGGAUUAAAAUGCAAUAAAGUGGAGGUGGACUGGUGCAGAAUCGUGUAAUAUGUUUAAGCUCUGUAUUUAUUGUAAUCGAUUAAAAAAAAAUCUAAACUGAAACGAAUUAGAAGGAACUGCUAUGCAAUGGCUUUUAUAGCAAGUGUAUGUUUGUACAAUAAAACAUUGUAAAUGCA